AUGGCCGAAUUCAUCAGAGCACAAAUUUUCGGCACGACCUUCGAGAUUACCUCAAGAUACUCGGACUUGCAACCCGUAGGCAUGGGUGCUUUUGGUCUUGUUUGCUCCGCCCGCGACCAGCUCACCAACCAGAACGUUGCCGUCAAGAAGAUUAUGAAGCCUUUUAGCACCCCAGUGCUUGCCAAGCGGACAUACCGAGAGCUUAAGCUGCUGAAGCACUUGAGACACGAGAACGUCAUUUCCCUUAGCGACAUUUUCAUUUCUCCCCUCGAGGAUAUCUACUUCGUCACAGAGCUGCUGGGCACCGAUCUGCACAGGCUACUUACUUCUAGACCUCUCGAGAAGCAGUUCAUCCAGUACUUCUUGUAUCAGAUUAUGCGCGGUCUGAAGUACGUUCACUCGGCCGGUGUUGUCCACCGUGACCUGAAGCCCAGCAACAUCCUCGUCAACGAAAACUGCGACUUGAAGAUUUGCGACUUCGGACUUGCUCGUAUCCAGGACCCCCAGAUGACCGGUUACGUCUCGACGAGAUACUACCGUGCCCCCGAGAUCAUGCUCACGUGGCAAAAGUACGAUGUCGAGGUUGAUAUCUGGAGUGCGGGUUGCAUCUUUGCUGAGAUGCUUGAGGGCAAGCCUCUGUUCCCCGGCAAGGACCAUGUCAACCAAUUUUCAAUCAUCACGGAAUUGCUUGGCACUCCUCCCGAUGAUGUCAUCAACACCAUUGCCAGCGAAAAUACCCUUCGCUUCGUUAAGUCGCUGCCCAAGCGCGAGAGGCAACCCCUGAAGAAUAAGUUCAAGAAUGCCGACCCUUCGGCGAUUGAUCUCUUGGAGAGGAUGCUCGUCUUUGACCCCAAGAAGCGGAUAACGGCCACCGAGGCCCUGUCCCACGACUACCUUGCCCCCUACCACGACCCCACCGACGAGCCCGUCGCAGAAGAGAAGUUCGACUGGAGCUUCAACGACGCUGACCUGCCAGUGGACACGUGGAAGAUUAUGAUGUACUCAGAGAUUCUUGACUACCACAAUGUGGACGCGUCAACGACGCAGAUGGAGGAGCAGUUCGGCGGACAAUAG